UGUAAUUUUUUUGAUUGAACUGUGUCAGUCUAAAUGGUUAAAAUGCGCAACAAAAAUGGGCUCUAUGAAAAUUGCGCACAUUGUUCCAGGGGACUCAAGCCGCCGACAAGACUGCCGGAAAAGUCCCCGUCGCGCUGUAAAUCAACCCGACAUCGGGCUUUUUCGUUUACUGACGUUAAUUCUACAGCACUGAUUAUUAUUUGUCCGACAUGUCUUUGUUGUUUUUCCAGCCAUUCUCCCCUUUCCUGAUUUUCACACUCUUUUUAGUCUAGAAUUUGUAGAUCAAGCCGAAGAAGCUUCAGUUCUUAGGCUCAUUCUUGAUUUCUGCUCAGUGCUGUUUUAUCAUUAAGCUGCUGAAAUGGAAGUUUCAUCAUCAUAGACAUUGAUGGCUAGCUAUGUUCUUGGUGGAAGUAUAGAAUGUCAACUUGUCAAAACUCUGUGUGGGAUAGUCCUUAAGGGUCAUUGGAAAGCUCUCUUGAAACCCAAGACUGGUUUUCAAGUGAAUUCGGCAAUCGUGAACCAAACGCUUCUGAAACUGUCCCCUUGCUGGUUUUGGCUCUCUUGGUCAUUCUUCAAAUGGGUAGAAACCAUCCCAAAUUACCGCCACUCUUUGCAGUCUUCUUGGACCAUGAUUUGUAUCCUCACGAAGCACAAGCAUUUCAAGAGCGCGAAAGAAAUCCUUCAUCAAAUCGCACACAAAGAUUUCGUGUCGUGUCCCCGUGUUCUGAAAACCCUUGUAAGUGAUGAUGACUACGACGUGAAUUCCCAAGUGCUGAGUUGGCUGGUGAUAUUUUAUGCAAAAAAUUCAAAGUCCGCUUGGGAUGCAAUCCAAGUGCUCGAGCAUAUGAAUGUUUCUAGGAUCAAGCCGGACCCACAUGCUUGCACCGUGCUCCUAAACUCAUUGGUGAAGGAGGGUUUGACCGACACGAUGUGGAAGACGCACAAGAAGAUGAUGAAACUUGGGGUUGUCCCAAACAUACACAUAUACAAUGUCCUGAUUCACGGGUGUUGUAAAUCAGGCAAUGUGGAGAAGGCAGACGAACUGUUGAGUGAAAUGGAGUUUAAGGGUAUAUUCCCUGACCUACACACAUUUAACACAAUGAUAUCCAUGUACUGCCGGAGAGGCAUGCACUAUGAAGCUUUGUGCAUGCAAGAUAGGAUGAAAAUGGGAGGAGUGGGGCCCGAUAUCAUUACGUACAACUCUCUGGUACACGGAUACUGUAGAGAAGGCAGGAUGAGAGAGGCAAUGAGAAUGUUUAAGGACAUUACUGAUGAAAGAGGAAAAAGAGAUGCUCAUAUUACUCCAAACCAGGUGACAUAUAAUAUAUUGAUAGAUGGUUAUUGCAGAGCUGGCGAAACAGAUGAAGCCUUGAGAUUGUGCAGUGAGAUGGAAGAAAAGGGUUUGUUUCCCGGCAUUGCCACUUACAAUUCAAUACUACGGAAGCUCUGCGAGGACGGUCAAAUGAAGGAGUCUAACAAGCUUUUGAGUCAAAUGAGUGAGAAGAAAAUCGAACCCGAUAGCGUCACUUGUAACACGUUGAUCAAUGGGUACUGCAAAGUCGGAGACGUGGAAUCGGCUCUGAAGGUGAAGAACAAGAUGGUGGAAGCUGGGCUGACACCAGAUUCUUUCACAUACAAAGCGUUAAUCCACGGGUUUUGUAAGGCAAGAAAACCGGAGAGCGCCAAAGAUGUGAUCUUUAGCAUGAUUCUUGCUGGGUUCUCUCCGGGUUACUGCUCCUACUCCUGGCUCGUGGACGCAUAUACCCUCCAAAAAGACAAUGAAGAAGAUUAUGCAAAACUAGCAGACGAGUUUUUGCAGAGGGGGAUCUGUGUGGACAUCUCAUUCUACAGGGCCAUUAUAAGGCGGCUGUGCAGGAGAGGGAAGCUGGGCUGCGCCGAAAGGGUAUUUUGGGUAAUGACGAAAGAGAGGGGCAUUUCGGGAGACAGUGUAGUGUGUACUAGUCUGGCUUAUGCAUACUUCAGAGAAGGGAAUAUGAAAGGUGCUUCAGAUUUGCUGGAUGAGAUGUACAGGAGGAGGUUAAUGGUGACACUCAAACUGUACAAAAGCUUGAAUGCUUCUUACAGGGAUGAUAAUGGCGGCCUUGUUUGUUUGUUCUGGAAUGAUUUGUGGCAGAGAGGUCUGCUUUCCAAAUCUGUUAUGGAAACUGUCCAACUCAACAUGACCAAAUGUUAUACUACUCCCUCCUUGUAGGCCUUGUUUUGAAACCAACAUUUUCAAUUAGCAUUUUGGAUUUUUUCACGGGUGCAGAUUAAAUUAGAAAAAUGUUA